AUUUAUUAAAUCCAACUCUUACAUAGGAGUAUAGGACAUAGAUAGACAGAAGUACCCCUCUCACAUCCUCAUGGGUCCAUAGACGUUUAUCUUGUGGUUACUUGGAAUCAAACAAUUCAAAAUCAAGAAAAAUGCAAACCACACAUAAUUCUUGAAGCCACCUUCUCCAAACCAAAACAGAAAAAAAAAAAAUAAAAAAAUAAAAAAAUCUCUGCUUUUAUCCAAUUAUCCUUCAUCAGUUCUUCCAUGAGUUUUCUCUCUCUAAAACUAUAAACCUCUAUCAAAUGGAAACCAUUCUCUCUCCUCCCACAUUCUCUCCAUUUCUCAACCCAAAACCUUCAUCUUCAAAACCCAGAUCACUUUCAUUACCCUUCACAAAACCCAUAAUUUGUUCCCUUAAAAAACCCAAUUGUUUACCUCAAAAAUCAUCAUCUUUUACAGUACCCAAUCACUGGUUUUCACCCAUUCAACAUGGAUUAGCAGCUCUUGCUCUGUCUUUAGCCCUUAAUUUCUCCAUUUUGCCAAUUUCUGGUGCUAAUGCUUCUGAAUUUGAUGUUUUAAAUGAAGCUCCACCAAAAGAAUCAUAUGUUGUUGAUGAUGCAGGUGUUCUUAGCCGUGUUACCAAGUCUGAUCUCAAGAGAUUGUUGUCUGAUUUAGAGUCUAGGAAGAAUUUCCGUGUUAAUUUCAUCACUGUUCGCAAACUAACUAGCAAAGCUGAUGCUUUUGAGUAUGCUGACCAAGUUUUGGAGAAAUGGUACCCAACGGUUGAAGAUGGCGAUAACAAAGGGAUUGUUGUGCUUGUCACUAGCCAAAAGGAAGGGGCAGUUACCGGCGGACCUUCAUUUGUCAAGGCUGUUGGUGAGAAUAUUCUUGAUGCAACCGUGUCAGAGAAUCUUCCUGUAUUGGCAACUGAAGAGAAAUACAAUGAAGCCAUUUAUAGCAGUGCCAAGCGGCUAGUGGCUGCUAUUGAUGGUCUUCCAGACCCUGGUGGCCCAUCAUUCAAGGACAACAAAAGAGAGUCAAACUUUAAGUCCAAGGAGGAGACAGAUGAAAAACGAGGUCAAUUCAGUCUUGUGGUUGGAGGUUUGUUGGUCAUUGCGUUCGUUGUCCCUAUGGCACAAUACUACGCAUAUGUUUCCAAAAAAUAGGUUGUGUUUGGAUUAUUCUCCAAGGUAACUUCAAAUAUUUUUUAAAAUUUUUGUAAAGUUUAUGUACAAACACAUAAUUGAAUAACAAAAUUGCUUGACCAUUGUAAACUACUAAUUGAUGAGGCACUUUUAAUUAAGGGCUAUGAGAAGAAAUUUUAA